UUCUUCCACAGUUGGUUGAAAGAAAAAUUUAUCAGAAGUUUGAAAGUUUUCAAGUAAACCUGACGAAUUUUUUCAUUCAUCUUUGAAUUUUUAAAACACAAUUUAAGAAACUUGUGCUACGUUUAAUAUUUUGCGACGGAUGUUCUUCUGAAUGCCGGUUUCAUUACUCGAUAUUACGUUCAACGUUGCUGAAUAUUCCAUCUCUUCGUGACCGAACAAAAUCGCAAAACAUGAAUGCCGAAAAAUCGAUCGAAGCAGCAGCUGAUCAAAAUAAGUCAAAGAAGUUGAUCAGGAGUCAAUAUAAAGAUAUUAUGGUGAAAAUCGACGACGACAUUUACUACCUCGAUCGACUGCAACUAGCUCUAAAGUCCGGAUAUUUUGAAAAAUUAUUUACCGAAGAUUACAGCGAAAGAAACAGCGAUCUGAUAGAAAUGCCACUGAUGGAUACCGAUACAUUUUCCGCUGUAAUUGAUGUCAUUUAUGGAGAAGAAGUGGAAUCUGUCAUUAAUUCCGAUAAUUUCGUAUCUUUGCUGAUGGCUAUGGAUUAUCUUCAGAUGGAUAUCGAUCCAAAAAUGUGGAAACCCUUUGCAAUUAGAGCGUUCCGUUGUAGUAAACUCUUGAAUAAGGAUAUUUUCAAGUUAUGUGAUUUUAUUGCCCUUGAAAAGAAGUUCGAGUAUAUAUUACCAGUUGUUUUUGAACAAAUGGCCUUAUAUUUGGAAAAGCUGAGUGAUCGCGAUGAAUUUCUAUCUGUCAAGUUCGAUCACAUGGUGAAAAUUCUUUCACAUUGCCGAACGUAUUCGUGUGAGGGAAGUAACCCUGGUCCAUUCAGGACUGUUAGUAAAAUAUGCGCAAGAUGGAUCUGUCACGAUAUGAAAAACCGUUUGCAUCAUGCAUUGAAUCUUCUGAAUGCUGCUAGACUAGGAUUUCAUCUUUCAAAUACGAUUUCUGACGAUGAGUUCAACUUACGUUUAUCCGCCAACGACCAGAAUUCCAACGAAAAUACAAUAUCGAGACAUAUUUACAAAUGGUUGAUGUACUGCGGAGAAAUCCAUUCCUCAAACCCUGUUGGUUCUGAGACUUCAGAAGCUGCUGAAAGGAAUAAACGCCAGCGUGAGUGUGGUUAUGCAUCAAUGUACAGUGCCGAAGAACUUGAUAGUUUUCGUAUCUGGAGGGAACCAGAUACUAAAGAAGAUCCUCCUUUCAUGUUCAACAGGGAACCGAAGUUGGAAUCGUUUCUGAAGAACAGCUACAUUUACGAUAUCACAGUCAAAGUUGGCGAGAAAGUUUAUAAACUUCAUCGAUCUGUGUUAAAAUCGGAGUGUUUGUAUUUCAAGGAACUCUUUUCCAAAGAGUACUCCGAGAUAUCCACCCAAUAUGAGGAAGUGCCUUGCCCUCCGAGUAAGGAUAAAAUAUAUUCGUUAGAUGAAAUCGAUUCGGAAACAUUUGACAUCAUAGUUGAUCAUAUGUAUUUGGGAAAAAUUGAACCUACAAGUGACAUCAUUGUUCGUUUAUUCAAGGCAGUCCAUAUUUUAAGAAUCGAUAAAUUGAAGAAACCGUGUUGCGGCUGGAUGGAGACCAAUAGGAAGGAUAUUUGCAGCAAAAACGUUGUUGAAAUGUUGAAUUUAAUUCAUGCGCACACCGAGUAUGAAAAAUUGAAUAAGGUAUUUUUAUCUAGAUAUAUCGUAGACUCGUGGCCUAAAAUAGAUAACUUGCCACAGUUUGCAGAUCUUUUCAAGGCGAUUGUCUUGCCCGAAGGGAUCAACUCGACCGAUGAAAGUAAGGCGUAUUUGUUUGAUAAAGUUGAUCAAGAAACUUUCAAAGUGAUUAUCGAUUACAUUUACUUCGAUAAAAAAUAUUUUGACGAUGACAGCAUUGUGAGAGUGUUGAAAGCGAGCAAUAUGUUUAAAAUUGAGAAAUUAGUCGGAAAAUGUAUAGAUCAUUUGAUAAGGUGGUGUGCCAGAUUGAGUUCGUCAGAUAUCAAAGAAGUUUUGAUUCUUUCUCUGGGAGAUUUCCAGUAUCACGAGGUUCUGAAUACAAUCUACCUAGUAAAAUACACGAUGCAGUGGCCCGAGGUGGACGUAGAAUUGUUUUGUACCGUACCUUACGACUGCCUGGAGAAUAUGCUAAUGUCGAAUGAUUUGUAUUUCGAUGAUCCCCGCGAUCUGCUGGAUAUUUGUUCGACAUGGGUUGUACACGAUGUUGAAAACCGAUAUCGCCUCGUACCUCAAAUCGCACUAGCCAUAAGUCGAAACCGUAGAGCAAACGAUGACGAUUAUUGUAUCGAAAUUCCUUCGAAUUUGAAGCGAUGCACGCAAGAUUUUGUCAAAAACAAGAUUUGGGAAGUUUUAUGCUCAGCUUCUGUGUUUCCUUUCCCAUUAUUUCCCAAUGAUGAAGAAAACGAACAAACAUCUGACGAUGAGCUGUCGACGCCAGUAUUCGUCACAUCCCACGAGGGAAGAUCAUUCAAGAUUCUCCAAGGUGAUGGGGAUGAAAUCGUCUCAUUUCACUUGUGUGAAAAUAUGCCAAACGGUGAGAAUUCCUUCAAAUAUCCCAUGUCAGCCGCCAUGAUUAACGAUACCUUAUUCAUGCUUUGUUCCGUGCUUCAUAUUCCUAAUUUUUAUGCUUACAAUUUCUCUUCAAAAAAGUUAUUCUGUUUGGCAUCUGAUCGACGUAUUUAUAAUGCGAAAGAUGCUCGCUUCCUGUAUGCACGUGAUCGGUUAAAAUACACUUUGUUGAAUCGCUGCGAUGAAAUUUACUGCUGUCUCGAGGACAGUUUAAUACUGAAAUAUUCGUUCGAAUUUAAUCGCUGGAUGCAAAUUUCAGCUGCUGAUCCGGAUAAACGUGGUAUUUGUUUCGCCAGUGAUGGCAGUAACUUGUACAGGAUGUACGAAAUCGAACGAAAUGAUACUACAAUUAGUUACACUCUCCAAGUAUACGAUUUUAAACAAAAUUCGUGGACUUCUAUCUCUGAUUUCCCUCAUCUAACUCUUGAUCUCGAAACGCACGAGAAUCCUGACGACGACGACGACGACGACGAGUGUAGGAAGCUACAUGGACUCGUUUUCUUGAACGAUUACGGUUUUGCGGCAGUAUUUCAAAGACGUAUUUUUAUAUUCGACUACGAGGCUGAAAUUUGGCGAGAAAUUCGUUCAUUGCCGGGUACUUAUGUAUACGGCAGUAGGAACCCAAAACGUGCGAUUAUUACCCAGGAUGAAGAUGAUGGUAUCUUAUGCGUGUAUGUUAAUAAAUUGUAUUACUAUAGCGAGUCCCCAUAUCAACGCCGGGGAUCAUGGUCAAGUAGUAAUGAUCUCUCUUACCGGAAUAUUAUAGGUAUUCAUAAUCCUAAAAUUCAUUGUAUGACAUAAACUCGUAAUGCUUAGUAUACCUUUGUAUUUUAAUUCAAAUUUUAUAAAUCUGUAUAGUAAGGUAACCUAUAUGCUCAUGUAUUGGGCCUAUCGUGUGUUUAAACUUUGUUGGAAAUAAACCUUUGUAUGUAUCUAAAUAUAGAUGUUUUCAUAGAUGAA